AUGUCCUCCUGAGGCUGUUUUGGUGAAUUGGAUACAACUCAUUUCUGUAUCAAAUGGAUUGUUCAGCACAGUCCUAACAAGCAAUUUCAGAGACCCAUAUGGCCAUACUUGUCAUUUAAGGCAUGGGUUAGCAGAGCACAGAGACCUCAGAGCUAUGUGGCCCUGUGUGCUCUGGUGGGAAUUGCCCUUGAUGUGCGCAAAGGAAAGCAAGUGCUGCUUCUGCCAAGCACCCUUCUCCUAUGGGCUGCAGCCACUUGCAGUCUCUGCUCAUCCUUCUAGCAGCUCUCCUCAAAGCUACGAACAAACCCUGCUGUAACCUUGUUCCAAAUUAGUUAAAACCUGCUCUAGUCCCCCUUUGAAACACAGGUGCCCAAAGGCUCAGAAGAUUCCUCUUUUUAACAAAGAGGUGCAGUGAGGGGAGACACUGACCUGCUCCUAAGGAGGUCUGUGUAUGGCUCCUAACUUUCUCCUGGGGUCUUAUAAAUUAUACAUUCAUUCAUAAAUCUCUACAUUAUAAAUCAGGCUAAUGACCUCUCCAUGCAGGCUGCGAUGCUUGCCCAAACUAACACAUGCAGGAAGUGAAAUUCAGACUUAAAGUAAACACAGGCCCCCAUCAUCACAAUAAAAAUAGCAUCUACAGGUAAAGCCCACAAAGGCUGGAUCUCUGAUGGGAUUAGGGAGCAGACAGGCUGUCAGCAAACAUCACCUCCCUGACAGGCCCCAGGAAGCUGGAGAAGGGAUGAGCAUACAGGAGCAUACAGGAGCAGGGAGAUGACUCAGACUGAGAGGGAGUCCUGGCUCCCUGCAGAGCUGGUUGUUGGCACUGCAGAUCCAUUCCAGAGAGAAUUCCUCAUCCGGCAAGCAACUGUGGACAGGUGCUGCCAAGCCCCAGAUGUUUCCCAUUAGCAUUGGCUCAGGUGUGAUGUGGUGUGGUUAUAAAUGGUCCAGGGCAGGAGAGAGAGGUUGCCUGUGGGGUAUCUGGACACUCUUUGGGGCACCCUCUGCUUUUUGUAGCUGUAUGUAGCAGGGAAUUUUGCUUCUCCCUGUCUGGCAGAGAAAUUUAAGGCAGAAAGAGUGAGUGGAGGCUGUGUGUGUUGUUCUUUAGUAUGUGUUUGCUUGUGUGAUGAGUGUAGGGGAUGGAGGAGCUCUUUUGGGAACUUGCUGGGAAAGGCAGUAGCUUCUGGGUUGUGUCUGACUUAUGCCUAUAAGGCAAAAAGCACAAUCUAUUGUUAUGUGAGCAGUAAUUGAAUGACUUUGUACUUGAUAAUUUUGGGGUGCUCUUUGUUAACUAAUGCUGUCUAAUUAUGCUGCUGAAUGGCCAAGGUUUCUGUGUAUGUGGGAUGGAGGAGUGUGGUUAGCAGAAUGGGUGCCCUUCAUGAAGCAAGGAAGAAGAUUGUUUAUGGGUAAAUAAUGCUGUCUUUCCCUCUAACAGAACAGGCCAACAUCAGCUCUACCUGUUCUGUUUUAUGUGCUAACAUGGAUGACUGGGACAACAGCAAUGAUUUCAUUCAGCGACUGGACUUUUCCAGUUGUGGUGAAGAGAGUGAAGACAGAAGUGUAAACGAGGAAGACUCCCUGAGCUUGAGCCCCCCUAGAAGCUCAGAGUUCCAGAAAUGGCAAGAGAGCAGUCCUCUGCCAGGAACCCCUCAGAGAAAGCUUAGUGAGAUUUUCCUGAGCAGGACAAAAGCUUGGAUGAGUCCCACCCUGAAGUCUUCCCCAUCUGUGAGCAAGAGCUGGAGUAAACCUGAGACCCCACUGCACAUCACCUGGAAAAAGCUGCAGCUCUGUGACACCCCACACACUCCUAAGAGCCUGUUGUCAAAGACAGCUUUUCCUUCACCUGCAACAAAGGGCCCACCCAAAGGCUUCAGACACCUGAGACUCACUCCUCGUGCUGACUCUGAGGACUCUUCCCAAGCUUCUCUUGUCAACAUUAAUCCCUUUACACCAGAGUCCUAUCGACAAAUGCUCUUUCAUCCUAAUGGCAAAAGGAAGACCAGAGGAGAGCUGAAUGAUCAUCAUCCAGGAAGCCAGAUUAAACAGGAGCUACCUACAAAGAGAUAUACUCUGAAAGCAAGCAAUAUGGUUUCCCGCUACAAGAAGGAGUUCCUGGAACUAGAAAAAAUUGGUGUGGGGGAAUUUGGCUCUGUCUACAAGUGCAUCAAACGCCUUGAUGGAUGUGUUUAUGCCAUCAAACGCUCCAAAAGGCCUCUGGCAGGAUCCUCAGAUGAGCAGCUGGCACUGCGUGAGGUUUAUGCUCACGCUGUCCUUGGGCACCACCCCCAUGUCGUGCGCUACUACUCAGCCUGGGCAGAGGACAAUCACAUGAUUAUCCAGAAUGAACACUGCAAUGGUGGGAGUCUCCAAGAUGUGCUGCUGGAAAAUGCAAAGCUUGGGCAGUAUUUCCCAGAAAGAGAGCUGAAGGAAAUAUUGCUGCAAGUCUCCAUGGGACUAAAAUACAUCCACAACUCUGGCCUUGUGCACCUGGAUAUCAAACCUAGUAAUAUCUUCAUCUGUCACAAGCUGGCAGUUUCAGGCUCUGCUGGGCAGGAGGAGAGUGACAGUGAAGAUGAAUUCUCUGCUGGUGUAGUGUAUAAGAUUGGUGACCUUGGACACGUGACAUCAAUAACAAACCCUCAGGUGGAGGAAGGAGAUAGACGGUUUUUGGCCAAUGAGAUUUUACAAGAGCAAUACUGCUACUUGCCCAAGGCAGACAUCUUUGCCCUGGCACUCACGGUGGCUCUGGCAGCCGGGGCAGCAGCGCUGCCCCACAACGGGGCCCUGUGGCACCACAUCCGCAAAGGCAAUGUCCCACACAUCCCCCAGAAGCUUCCCCACAGCUUUCUUGAGCUCCUUAAGCUCAUGAUCCAUCCUGACCCAGCGCAAAGACCUUCUGCCACAGCUCUCACCAAACACCCUGUUCUCCGUCCUUCAUGUGGAAAAGCUGUGCAGCUCCAGGAGCAGCUAAAUGUGGAGAAAUGCAAGACAGCCAUGCUGGAAAGGGAACUUAAAGCAGCUCGCCUUGCCCAGACCCUCAUGAAGGACCAAGCCUUAGGAAGUGCCAAGUUACAAGAGUCUGAAACCUCUUCUAAGCAGAAGAGCAAGCGUCUGGUGGGAGGGAAGAGCUGUCGCUCAUUUAGCUUUACUCUGGGUUUCUGAAUUUGUGUUGUCCAAAGACUGCUGAAUGGCCCUGUGAAAGCAGAGGGUCUGCACAGACCAAUGCCCCAUAGUCUCUCUAUCAUGUUAUUUUCUCUUUUGUCCCCCUGCUAAGAGAUAUUGGCUGAGAAAACAAUGACUGGCUUACAGGUGCUGGAUAAGGGGAUUUAAGGGUGUCCUCAGUCUUUUACCUGUUUUAUUUCUUGUGUAACUGGCCUGCUAUAGACCCAGAUUAACUCUGCUGUGAUGAAAGAAUGAUGUUUUCUCUUCUCACUUCCCUCUUUCUUGAGUUGGGCCCUGUUAUUGGUGACUUUGGGUCUGAACACUUGGGCUGGCUGUAUCUUUAGAGGGGUGAUAGUGGCUGUACAGGGAGACAGCAUCUACAGCUGUCUCCUUCUAGGAGCAAGCAGGCAGAGAUUAUGGCAGCCACUCUUAGCCACCCAUUAGGAGCCAGGCUGGUUACACAGCAGUCCUGCAGGGCUCGGGAUGCAGCUGGAGUCAAGUUUCACUGAGGGGGGACACAGAGUAAUAGGAAAUAGUUGGAGUUAAGCAGUGGGAGUUAAGAAAAAUGCUCUUUCCAAUUUAAGCAACAAAGCUUUUUGUGACUGGGUGCGCUCUGACUUGUUAGGCCCUGAUGCCCCAUGUGUUUUCUGUCUGUCGGGGAGGUUUCUUUGUUCAUGUGGGGGAGGGAAUUUCAGUGUUUUGGUAGCUGGGUCUGUCUGUCCCCAUUUCCCCUCCAGUAUCUCACAGUGGCGCAGCUGCCUGCCUGUGAGCUGCAAAGAUGGGGGCAAUUAGAGAGGGCUUUUACAGCUUUUUGGAGUUGUCCAUGUUAAUGGUGGUAUGUAUUUUGUAUUUGAGAUCUAACACCCCUCCCUCUCCCCGCUGAAUGUACUUUUGGGGGUCCUUAUUGCUUGUUUGUGUCGGACAGAGCGCUGCACUGCUGAGGCGGAAUAACCCGGUUAUUUCCAGCUGUUACUGUUUGGAUUAUGAUGUUGCACAUGCUGGCUUUUAACUGUUUAGACCCUAUCGUUUCGUGCGAAUAAAGGUUUUAUCACUUUUUUUAACCGA